UUCUGCGAUUUUAAUUAAUAAUUUGAAGUGAAAAGAGAAAAUAAUUCAUUGAAUAGUGUGGAAAAUAGUUGAUUAUUCAAUAUGGGAGCAGUACUUGGUUUGUGUUCAGCAGCACAGAUGGCUUGCUGCUGCACAGGGACAGCCGUAUCCCUUUGCUGCAAUGCCUGCCCCUCGUGCAAGAAUUCCACAUCAUCCAGGCUAAUGUAUGCCAUAAUGCUGCUCUUUGGAGCCAUUCUGGGGGCCAUAGCCCUUGCACCAGGGCUCCAGGAUACCCUGCGAAAGGUUCCUUUUUGCGCCAAUUCCACCUCAACGGCAUCCCUGGUAAUACCAUCAGCCUACUCCUCAAUUGAUUGCAGCUCAGCCGUUGGCUACCUGGCUGUCUAUCGCAUUUGCUUUGCCCUCGUUUGCUUCUUCCUCCUGAUGGCUGUGAUGAUGGUCGGUGUGAGAUCAUCCCAGGAUCCACGUGCUCCCAUUCAGAAUGGUUUCUGGGGUAUGAAGUUCCUCAUUGUGAUUGGAAUCACAAUUGGCGCCUUUUUCAUACCUGAAGGGAAUUUUGGGUACACCUGGAUGUGGAUUGGCCUCAUCGGAGGCUUGGCAUUUAUUCUCGUUCAGCUCGUGCUGAUUGUGGACUUUGCACACACAUGGGCAGAGUCCUGGGUCUCAAACUACGAGGAGAAUGAAUCCCGUGGAUGGUACUGCGCUCUCCUGUCUGCUACGGGGCUACAGUACAUCCUGGCCAUCACAGGGAUCGUUAUGCUCUACAUCUACUACACUGUGUCCAAUGAUUGCGCUCUCAACAAGUUCUUCAUCUCAAUUAAUUUGAUCUUCUGCGUCAUUGUGAGCGUUGUUUCAGUACUGCCGGCAGUUCAGGAGAGACUACCCAAGUCUGGACUUCUCCAGAGUGCUAUGGUCACACUCUACACCAUUUAUCUCACAUGGUCAGCUGUAGCCAAUAAUCCAGAUCGUGUGUGCAAUCCUGGCUUCUUGGGGAUUGUUGGAGAGCACAGCAACAAGGUGACUUUCGACAAGACAAGUAUUAUUGGUUUGAUCAUUUGGAUGUUCUGCGUCCUCUAUUCAUCCCUUCGUUCUGCUUCUCAAGUUGCACGUGUUGCCAAUCCAGAUCCUGAGAAACAAGUAUUAACAGCCACUCUGACCGAAGAUGACAGCAAACCUGCAACAGCUGGGGAUGCAGAUGGGAAGGUUUGGGACAAUGAGGAGUCUGGUGUUGCCUACUCAUGGACACUCUUCCACGUUGUCUUUGCCACAGCAACGCUCUACGUUAUGAUGACACUUACCAACUGGUAUCAACCAAACUCCACGCUGGAGACUAUGAAUGCCAAUGCUGCAUCCAUGUGGGUGAAGAUCAUCUCCAGCUGGCUCUGCCUUGCCCUCUAUGCAUGGAGUCUUGUUGCUCCCAUUGUCCUCUCAGAUCGAGACUUUGGUGUCUAAGAAACUGUCAAAAAAACUAUCCUGCCGCAGAUUUUAGGAGAUUUUCUUCAUGGUAGCUUCGUACCUUUCAGCUUCUUCAUAAUCUCGUAUCGUAGUUUAACCGUUUGUAGCGUGUGCGUAGGUGCAUCAGAAGUCCCCAUGUGAUCUUAUGGGCAAGCCACCAUGAGCUGCCCCACACUCCAAAUAAAAAAAAAUGAAUAAGAUAAUCAAUAUAUAAUUAAUCUCGUGUAUUAAUCCCAAGAAAUAAAUACAUUUAGCUGGUAAA